AUGGAGAUAGUAGAUGGUUGCCAUUUUUCCCCAUCUGAAUUCUUCUAUGACAGCUCCUGUAUCCCUUCUCCAGAGGAUGAAUUUACAGAUGACUUUGAGCAUGAGAUGUCUGUCUACGGUGCUCCUAAGAAAGGCUUCCAGGAAUCUGAUGAAGAGGAGCAUGUCAGAGCACCCACCGGUCACCACCAGGCUGGCCACUGUCUCAUGUGGGCAUGCAAAGCCUGCAAAAGAAAGUCAUCCACUAUGGACAGAAGGAAGGCGGCUACAAUGAGGGAGAGAAGGCGUCUGAAGAAAGUGAAUCAGGCUUUUGAAAACCUUAAAAGAUGUACCACAGCAAACCCCAACCAAAGGCUGCCCAAAGUGGAGAUUUUAAGAAAUGCUAUCAAAUACAUAGAAAGCCUCCAAGAUCUUCUUAGAGAGCAAGUCGAAAGUUACUACAGUCUCCCAGGACAAAGCUGCUCUGAGCCUAACAGUCCAGAAUCCAGCUGCUCAGAAGGCAUGGCAGACUGCAUCAGCCCACAAUGGAGAAGAAAUAGCGGCUUCAAUAGUGCCUAUUGCACUGACUUACCAACAUCCUUUGCUUCAAACAAGCUCUCAGCACUCUCCAGCCUUGACUGCCUGUCUAGUAUAGUGGACCGCAUUGCCUCUUCCGAGCAAUGUGGUCUCCCUCUGCAAGAUUCCAUCUCCUUAUCUCCAUCCAACAGUACUGACUCCUUGCCAAGCACCCCUGAGACUCCAGAUUCCAGACCUGUGUAUCAUGUGCUUUAA